AGAGCCCAGUCUACUUUCGAUCCAGAGACCGUGCGGGAGUUCGCCCUGCCGGAAAGUAGCACGCUGCCGCGGCAUUUUACGACGUCGGCGGUGACAGGCCCUGGGACUCUGGGAAUACCCAGCUUCCUCCCCGCAGCCCGGUGAAAGCCAACGCAAUGUUCGGUGCGGGGGACGAGGACGACACCGAUUUCCUCUCGCCCAGCGGCGGUGCCAGAUUGGCCUCACUUUUUGGACUGGAUCAGGCAGCUGCUGGCCACGGAAAUGAAUUUUUCCAGUACACAGCCCCAAAACAGCCUAAAAAAGGCCAGGGAACAGCAGCAACAGGAAAUCAGGCAACACCAAAAACAGCACCAGCCACCAUGAGCACUCCCACAAUACUGGUCGCAACAGCAGUCCAUGCAUAUCGAUACACAAAUGGUCAAUAUGUAAAGCAGGGCAAAUUUGGUGCUGCAGUUCUGGGGAACCACACAGCCAGAGAGUAUAGGAUUCUUCUUUAUAUCAGUCAGCAACAGCCAGUUACGGUUGCUAGGAUUCAUGUGAACUUUGAGCUAACGGUUCGGCCCAAUAACUAUAGCACCUUUUAUGAUGACCAGAGACAGAACUGGUCCAUCAUGUUUGAGUCGGAAAAGGCUGCUGUGGAGUUCAAUAAGCAGGUGUGCAUUGCUAAGUGCAACAGUACCUCUUCCCUGGAUGCAGUGCUCUCCCAGGACCUCAUUGUGGCAGACGGCCCUGCUGUAGAAGUUGGAGAUUCUUUGGAAGUGGCCUAUACCGGCUGGCUCUUUCAGAAUCAUGUGCUGGGCCAGGUUUUUGACUCCACUGCUAACAAAGAUAAGUUGCUUCGCUUGAAAUUAGGAUCAGGAAAAGUCAUCAAGGGCUGGGAGGAUGGAAUGCUGGGCAUGAAAAAAGGAGGAAAGCGAUUGCUUAUUGUCCCUCCAGCCUGUGCUGUUGGCUCAGAAGGGGUAAUAGGCUGGACUCAAGCAACGGACUCGAUCCUGGUGUUCGAGGUGGAGGUUAGGCGGGUGAAGUUUGCCAGAGAUUCUGGCUCUGAUGGUCACAGUGUUAGUUCCCGCGAUUCUGCAGCUCCGUCUCCCAUCCCUGGUGCUGACAACCUCUCUGCUGAUCCUGUUUUGUCACCACCCACAUCAAUACCUUUCAAAUCAGGGGAGCCAGCUCUUCGUACCAAAUCUAACUCCCUCAGUGAACAACUUGCAAUAAAUACAAGUCCCGAUGCAGUCAAAGCCAAGUUGAUCUCUCGGAUGGCUAAAAUGGGCCAGCCCAUGCUGCCCAUCUUUCCACCACAGCUGGAUUCCAAUGAUUCAGAAAUCGAAGAUGUGAAUGCUCUGCGAGGAGGUGGGCAGCCUGUGGUGACUCCGUCCGUCCAGCCCUCUCUUCAGCCAGCCCAUCCAGCGUUACCACAGAUGACCUCACAGGCACCUCAGCCAUCUGUUUCUGGGCUCCAGGCACCUUCUGCUGCCAUAAUGCAAGUUUCAUCUCUUGAUUCCCACUCAACUCUGUCUGGAAAUGCCCAAUCCUUUCAGCCCUAUGCAGGUAUGCAAGCCUACGCUUAUCCCCAGGCAUCUGCCGUCACCUCCCAGCUGCAGCCCGUUCGGCCUUUGUACCCAGCACCGCUCUCUCAGCCUCCCCAUUUCCAAGGAUCAGGUGAUAUGGCUUCAUUUCUCAUGACUGAAGCCCGGCAACAUAACACUGAAAUUCGAAUGGCAGUCAGCAAAGUGGCUGAUAAAAUGGAUCAUCUCAUGACUAAGGUUGAAGAGUUACAGAAACAUAGUGCUGGCAAUUCCAUGCUUAUUCCUAGCAUGUCAGUUACAAUGGAAACAAGCAUGAUUAUGAGCAACAUCCAGCGAAUCAUUCAGGAAAAUGAAAGAUUGAAGCAAGAGAUCCUUGAAAAGAGCAAUCGGAUAGAAGAACAGAAUGACAAGAUUAGUGAACUAAUUGAACGAAAUCAGAGGUAUGUUGAGCAGAGUAACCUGAUGAUGGAGAAGAGGAACAACUCACUUCAGACAGCCACAGAAAACACACAGGCAAGAGUAUUGCAUGCUGAACAAGAGAAGGCCAAGGUGACAGAGGAGUUAGCAGCGGCCACUGCACAGGUCUCUCAUCUGCAGCUGAAAAUGACUGCUCACCAAAAAAAGGAAACAGAGCUGCAGAUGCAGCUGACAGAAAGCCUGAAGGAGACAGAUCUUCUCAGGGGCCAGCUCACCAAAGUGCAGGCAAAGCUCUCAGAGCUCCAAGAAACCUCUGAGCAAUCACAGUCCAAAUUCAAAAGUGAAAAGCAGAGCCGGAAACAACUGGAACUCAAGGUGACAUCCCUGGAGGAGGAACUGACUGACCUUCGAGUUGAGAAGGAGUCCUUGGAAAAGAACCUCUCAGAAAGGAAAAAGAAGUCAGCUCAAGAGCGUUCUCAGGCCGAGGAGGAGAUAGAUGAAAUUCGCAAGUCAUACCAGGAGGAACUGGACAAACUUCGACAGCUCUUGAAAAAGACUCGAGUGUCCACAGACCAAGCAGCUGCAGAGCAGCUGUCUUUAGUACAGGCUGAGCUACAGACCCAGUGGGAAGCAAAAUGUGAACACUUGCUGGCCUCCGCCAAGGAUGAGCACCUGCAGCAAUACCAGGAGGUGUGCGCGCAGAGAGACGCCUACCAGCAGAAGCUGGUCCAACUUCAGGAAAAGUGUUUAGCCCUCCAGGCCCAAAUCACAGCUCUCACCAAGCAAAAUGAACAGCACGUCAAGGAACUAGAGAAGAACAAGUCCCAGAUGUCUGGGGUUGAAGCUCCUGCAUCUGACCCCUCAGAGAAGGUCAAGAAGAUCAUGAACCAGGUGUUCCAGUCCUUACGGAGAGAGUUUGAGCUGGAGGAAUCUUACAAUGGCAGGACCAUUCUGGGAACCAUCAUGAAUACGAUCAAGAUGGUGACUCUUCAGCUGUUAAACCAACAGGAGCAAGAGAAGGAAGAGAGCAGCAGUGAAGAAGAAGAAGAAAAAGCAGAAGAGCGGCCACGGAGACCUUCCCAGGAGCAGCCAGCCUCAGCCAGUUCUGGGCAGCCUCAAGCACCCCUGAAUAGGGAGAGGCCAGAGUCCCCCAUGGUGCCCUCAGAGCAGGUGGUUGAGGAAGCUGUCCCAUUGCCUCCUCAGGCCCUCACCACUUCCCAGGAUGGUGUACACAGAAGGAAAGGGGACUCAGAAGCGGAGACACUCUCAGAGAUAAAAGAUGGUUCCCUUCCACCCGAACUGUCUUGCAUCCCAUCCCACAGAGUUCUGGGGCCCCCGACUUCAAUUCCACCUGAGCCCCCAGGCCCUGUAUCUGUGGACUCUGAGUGUGAGGAGUCACUUGCUGCCAGCCCAAUGGCAGCUAAGCCCGACAACCCACCAGGAAAGGUCUGUGUCAGGGAAGUAGCACCAGAUGUCCCGCUACAAGAAAGCUCCACAAGACUGUCCCUGACUUCAGACCCCGAGAAGGGGGACCCACUGGGCUUAGGGCCUGAAAGCCCAGGAGAGCCUCAGCCUCCACAGCUCAAGAAAGAUGAUGUCACUAGCUCCACCGGUCCCCACGAGGAGCUGUCAAGCACAGAGACAGGUUCCACAGUUGCAGGAGCAGCCCUCAGACCCAGCCAUCAUUCCCAGCGUUCCAGUCUCUCUGGGGAUGAAGAGGAUGAACUGUUUAAAGGGGCAACUCUGAAAGCUCUGAGGCCCAAAGCACAGCCUGAGGAGGAGGAUGAAGACGAGGUGGUAAGGAAAUCCCAGGCACUGUCAAGUCCUCACACAGCCACCUGGGGGCUCCUCCCUACUGGCUCUGAGAAGAGAAAUGGAGCCUGUUGGUGGCCCACUCCCUGGACUCUGUGUGCAGGGCCCUGUGGGAGCAGGCUUGGGGCUGGGCUGGGAGGGCGCAGCUCUGUAAGCAGAGUAGGGGACGGUCACAUACCACUUUACUUUUGAGAAAGAAUCAUUGUCUCUGUCCAUGCAGGAAUUAGUCCCCUCAGAGGAAGAAAGCUGAGCUGCUUAGUCCCACACUGGAAUGCUAAAGCCUUAGUUUUCCCCAAAUCUGCUAGGAUAUUAUUUAUAUUUUAGAUUUGGGAAGGACUUUGAAGAUCAUCUUGCCUGGCCUCCUUAUUCAUAGAUAAAAAACCUGAGGCUCAAAAUGAUGAUUUACCCAAAGCCACAGAGUGAGUUAAUGGCAAAGCUAGGACUAAUCCCCAGGCUCCUGUAAAGACCUCCUGUUGCUGAGCAUUUUCCACUUACUCAGCCUGCUUUCCUGCUGCCUUGUUUUGUCAUCACAAUAUCCCUGGGCACAAAAUGGGUUCAGUAUUAAUAGCAUAGCUUCGUUUAACAGAGAACAAGAGUGAAGGCCAGGAGAGGAGGGCACUGAUAGGGACUGAAUUAGAACCCUGGUUCUCACAUCUGCUGUUCCCCAGUGUGCUAGGUUACAACUGUUCUGGCUGUCCCUAGGCCAUUUUGACUGCUCUGAAAUGCAUAUGGAGAACAUAGGUGGGCUUCAGGCUCAGUCCAUCCAAAGGACAGAAAUAUGAGGGUGAAUGGGGCAAAUUUUGUCCCCUCAUGUAUCAGCCAGAGUGGAUUUUGCCUUUUGCCAAAACCUUGAGCAGAGAGCUGUGAUGGAUCUACGCUCCAGCUUGUAUGUACCAAAGCCCUUCCCUCUUGCCUGUGUUCCUUUGGGGAAUGUACCAGUUCCUUCUAUUAGCCUUUCUUCCCAAGAGUUGAAUUUUCUUUUUUUUUUUUUUUUUUUUUUUGAGAUGGAGUCUCGCUCUGUCGCCCAGGCUGGAGUGCAGUGGCGCAAUCUCGGCUCACUGCAAGCUCCGCCUCCCGGGUUCACGCCAUUCUCCUGCCUCAGCCUCUCCGAGUAGCUGGGACUACAGGUGUCCGCCACCACGCCCGGCUAAUUUUUUUGUAUUUUUUAGUAGAGACGGGGUUUCACUGUGUUAGCCAGGAUGGCCUCAAUCUCCUGACCUCGUGAUCCGCCCGCCCCGGCCUCCCAAAGUGCUGGGAUUACAAGCGUGAGCCACCGCGCCCGGCCUAAGAGUUGAAUUUUCAUUUGAGAAUCCAGAAUACCAAUUCGGCCCUAAAAAAAAAAGGAAAAAAGGGGGAAAAAACCCAAUUGACUAUAUUCUAAGUGACUGCCCUAAAUAUAGGUGGAAGCUUUUAAUUAGCGAGUAUCUUAUUGGUAUUAGUACCAAUACUGUCAAGUUAACAUGUAUUUCUUGGGUACCCUGAAAAAGACUUCACAAAUGUUCUCAAUCUACCAAUCCCAAUGAGGUAGGUACUUUUAUCCCAUUUUAUAGAUCAGAGGGCUGAGGCUCAGGAAGAUUAAAUAAUUUAACUAAGCUUAUAUAGCUAGUAAAUGUAAAGCCAGAACUUUAGUCAGGACAAAACAGAAGCUGUGAGCCACACUUGAAAAUCCUAUACUGUCAGAGUUAGAGAUCACUUCAUUGAUGUCCAGAGAGAAGUACGAGGUCUGGUUAAUUGGUAGUGACAUGGGAUUAGCCCAGAGACUUGUGUACACAUCACGCUGCCUUCCCUUUUGCCUGGCCCUGUGAAGAUGGAUUCUGGUUGGCAGUUGCUCACCAGAGCAGAGAAUGCCUUAGUAGAGACUAUUCAGUUCGUGCCUGUCUCUAGCAUCAAUCCCUGCUAGCCAGGUAGGUCCUGUUCCCUUGCCAAUCCAGAGGACAAAAGGCCAGGAGCUCAAGUUGUGAAAAGAGUGGGUCUCUCAUGGCCCAUCAGUCCCUUCCACCCCCACUACCUUAGCUGGAAGGAGCAAGGGUGGUGCCAGUCAGGCUAGAGGUGUGGGAGGCUGUGGCUCCGUGUUCUUCACCUCUUAGGAUUCUCCAGUUGGCCAAGCCUUCAAAUUCAACUCUUUUUCAAAUGAUGGGAUCACACCUAGAGCCAGUUAGGCCACCUUAGGUCACAACAACAGUGUUCUUCCAUAUGUGGUUGUCUUCUUCCCAACCUCCCUUCUUCCCACUUCCUCUCACUCUCUCAGGGCUGCUUUGCUUCUGUUUCUUUCUCCUGCUCCAGUGUUUCCUCUUUGACCCUUCUUUCUCCACACAAAAUGUGUAAGUUACUGCAUGAGAGGAAAAUCUGUCAAAUCAAUACAUGUGCUUCAUAAAUAAAUGAUGAGAUUAGCCAAAGUUCGUCUUUUUGUCUCUGUUGAAAGAUUGCCUCCCUUCUCUGCCUGCUGGUCUCAGCUUUAUCUGGAAGCCUAGGUUUGCUGGCCUCAGAGUUGGCCCUGUCAGUACAACCUCCUUUCCGACCCAGAGCUGGGAACAGAAGUUGGAUUGCUUCCACUCACAGGUGGAAAGUCCAGUGGUGCAGGUACAAGUGA